AUGAAAAACAAAAAUAAAUUAUCUGAAGAGAGUUCUUUAUUUAGAAAUGUGCCAACUGCUACUCAAGAAUAGAAUACAAGAAGGAAUAGUUAUUCUAUUUCCUCUAAAAACUCUGUGAUUCAAUAAAUUUUUCAAUUUUACACUAAAUAAUCAUAUGCUAUAGGUGUAAAUGCAACAUUCGAUAGAUAAUAUCAAGAAAGUAAUUAAUUAAACUUAGCUAAAUUCUUUCAUUUUUGUAGAGAUUUUAACAUUAACUUCCUCAAUAAAUAAGAACUCUAAGAUCUAUUUAAGAAAUGUUCAACUCAUGGAUAACACAUCAAUUUAUAAUAGUUUGAAUAAUUAUUUAGUUUGUUAGCAUUAUAUCGAGGGAUUGAUUUAUGUGAAUUUUAUUAAGAACUUGGCUUUGAUGUUUGGUUAAAAAAUUAAAAGAAAAUGAAAUUACUUGGUAAACCUUUUAAUAUGAAAGAUGAUAGAGAACGAUUUACAAAAGAAGAACUUAAUUAUGAAUUUAAACUUUAUCAUCCAGAUAUUAAAGAUUAGAAUCUCAUUAAAGAAAUCUUAAGAUAAAGAAAAUUAAAAUCAGAGAACGAAAAGAGUUCUGAAAGAGAGAAAAAAACUAAGGAAAAGUUGCAACAUGAACUGAAAUUUUAAAGUGGAACAGAGUUGAUUGAAAAGUAUCCUGAAAAAAUUUAAUUAAUAUAACAGCUUUAAAGAAGAAGAGUAAUACCUCACAUUAGUAACUUUAAACCUCUUACUAAACUUGCGUAUAGUCUUAAUACAACAAAAGAAAACAAUUAAACAAUUAAAGCACCCAUUAUUACAUGGGAUGCUUUAGAUGCUAUAGUACCUGAUGAGGAUCUAAUAUAAAAUUUGAUUGGUUCUCAAAAGUAGUAAGAUAAAUAUUUAAACUAAUUUGAAAUCUAUAACUAACCAUAAAAUUUAGAUCAUAGUUUUAUCAAAAAUUAUGGUAAUUUAUCCUCGAACAUAAGAUCUUUGUCUGAUUCUAAUCCAAAUUAUAAUAAAGAUAACGAUUUAAUUUAAUCAGAAAGAUAAAAACACACAAAAAUUAAUUAUUAAGCAUCACCACGUAUUAAAUCACGUUAGCUUUAACAUAUUUAAGAAUAAUCUCCAAAAUAUACAGAUUUAUCAAAUGUAUCACACAAAAGUGAUAAAAAUCCUUAAAAAACAAAACUGAAUAUCUCUAUGCUGAAAAGAGCAAAUGAAAUUUAAUAAUUGGAAGGCUUAAAAUAAAAGUAUCUCUUAGAACAAAUUAUCAAUAACUAAUUAAAGAGAGAGUAACUCAAAAAAUCUUAUGAAAUUCAUAUGUGA